AAUGAUGGCACGAAAACAGGAACUACUCUUGUUCCAAAAGUUGUUUGAAUAUCUUCCUUGCUUCUUUACAUUUUUUCUCUUUUUCUUGCUAUGUUUCAUGUUAUAUGAUGACCAGAUAGGCUUAUGCUUAAGUAUUGAAUCAGUUGACCCCUCAGACUCAUCCAUCCAAUUCUGGCGGAAGAAAUGAUUACUUGAAAGAGAUGGGCCAGCCAUUUCAAGCAAUCCAGCAGCAAGCACACCGGCAUCCUGCCCAACAAUCCAAAAACAGUUCAGAAAAAAAAGGCAUACAGUUGAAGGGUCAAGCCAAAUAAUUAACCACAAGUCAUACAAACAAUAACAACACAUGAGGUUAUGCUACCGAACAACUUGCCGUCUACACCGGAUCAACAGUUGGGGGUUUGCUCAAUGCUACAUUUGGAAAUGCAACUGAAAUGAUUAUAUCAAUUUAUGCCUUGAAAAGCGAUAUGAUUAGGGUUGUUCAACAAUCUUUACUUGGUUCCAUCUUGUCUAAUAUGCUUCUAGUUCUUGGAUGUGCAUUCUUUACUGGUGGGAUUGUUCACUGUCAAAAACUUCAGGUUUUCAAUAAGGCAGCUGCUGUUGUCAAUUCCGGCUUGCUGCUCAUGGCUGUAAUGGGAAUACUGUUUCCUGCUGUGCUUCAUUUUACUCACUCAGAAGUUCAUCUUGGGAAGUCAGUCUUAUCCUUAUCCAGAUUUAGCAGCUGCAUAAUGCUACUGGCCUAUGCAAGCUACCCUUUCUUUCAACUUAGAAGUCAACAGAAUUUUUAUACUCCAGUUGACCAGGAAGUAGAUACAAGCGAAAACACUGACGAGGAGGAAGAAUUUGAGUUAACUAAGUGGGAAGCGAUAAUCUGGCUGGCUAUUUUGACAGUAUGGGUAUCAGUAUUGUCUGGACACUUUGUGGAUGCCAUAGAGGGAGCAUCUGAAUCAUUGAAUAUGUCAGUGGCCUUUAUUAGUGUCAUCUUGCUUCCAAUAGUAGGAAAUGCUGCAGAGCAUGCGAGUGCUAUCAUGUUUGCCGUAGAAGACAAGCUAGAUAUCACAAUUGGAGUUGCUGUUGGAUCAUCAACCCAGAUAUCCAUGUUUGUGAUCCCUUUCUGUGUGGUUGUUGGGUGGUGCAAGGGAAAAGACCGGACACGAAAGAGCAACUUGAAGAAGAUAAUAGAUUACAAUGUUCCACAACAAUAUAAUCACAAUUUUUGUCCAAAAAGGCAUCUGUAUGAUAUGUGACCUUUCCAGCAUAAUGAGAAACUAUAAAAUCUG